CUUGUAUGAAGUAAAUUGUUUUUGUACGGUACUUUGAUCAUUUAGUGUAAUGAAGUUUUGAUACCUUUGAUUGAUUACAAUGUUUGGUAAUCCUAGUGUCAUAUUACCCUCUUUUUUUUGUUUCACUUGAUGCACUUUUUUUUUGUUGGCUAUGAAAAUGGAUAAGUAGUUUCCUCAUGUUUUGAAAUUAAGAAUGUUGGUAACCUACUUACUUACUACUUUGGCUGCUAAUUGAUUAGUUUCAAAUGCAAGAAAGGAUUAGUUUCUAAUGUUAUAAUUUUAUGGUUCAAAAAGUGUAUAGAUGUCGCGGUUGAUCACUCGUCGUCGGAGUGUGACCAAUGAGCCUCCUGCAUUAUCAACAUCUACUGCUCCAGGCGUGAGUGCUCCAUUGAUUGGGGAGCCUACACCCCUUACUGAGGCUACUCCUAUGGCGUCCCAGGUGCCCGUCUCAUCGACAUCAUCAGUGUCAGUUCAGCCGCUUAGUGCACGACGGCCUCACCGACGUCGCCGCGAGCCGGAGCCUUCUGAUCACACUUCCUCGGCAUCCAGAGUCGAGGGUGAGGCCUCCCAGCCAGCUAAAAAAAACACCAGGGGGCCUAGUCGAAUGUUGAAGGAGGCACAGAGCGUACGUUUGACCGGCUCCAAGAUCAAGAUUGAGUAUGACCCGCGACAUCGUGGAGCGGCUACCUCACAGCAGCAUAACAGCGUCGCUAGUAGUUGUGGUGUUGUUAUUAAACAAAGUUGUCCUAUGCAGUGGGAGUCUUGGGCAGAAAUUCCCGAGGAGACGAAGAAACUAGUGCGAGAAAACUUGUCGGUCAAUUUUGAUCUUGAUGACAUAUCUCCUGAGGUCAUGGCCUACUUAGAGGAUACCUUAGCAAUUCGGUACAAACAUUGGAAGAACUAUCUUCACACGCAUUUUAAGCGAUGGGAUGAUCCGGAGUUUGCUCGCCUACAUGGUUGCCCAACCGAGUUGCAGGAUCGGCCGGAGGAUUGGGAGUGGCUCUGCAAACAUUUUACGGACCCAAAAUUUGUAAAGAAAUCUAUUGCUGGCAAGAUAGCUCGGGACUCAAAGACACUUCUCCACCAUUCUGGUUCGAAGCCCUUUUCGUAUAGACUUGAGGCACGACGUCAGGAGGGUUCUAAGUUCCCAGAGAUCGACAUGUUCGAGGACGUUUACGUUCGACCUGGUGAUGAGCUAGCUAAGCAGCUUCAUGAUGCUAUGGUGGAACAGCGCACUACUGUUCUCCAAGAAGCAACAUCACAACUUCCCCCGGAGACCUCGAUCGAGGACGCCACGAUACCCGAGGAUGCAGGUUUUCAGAUCCUGACUAAUGUCAUGGAUCAAAACUUCGGGCGUCGUCCUGGCAAAGUUGUUCGGGGUAUGGGAAAAGCGCGAGUUCGUGAGACGGGUGCCUCUUCUUCCAGAUCAAACACAGCAGAGGUUAGUGCAUUGAAGGAGGAAGUGACAACCCUAAAGGGUCAGCUUGCGGUCCAGAGUGAGCAAAUGAGGGCCCGGGACGAGCAGAUGAGGGCCCGGGACGAGCAGAUGAGGGCCCAGGGCGAGCAGAUUAAGGCCCAGGGCGAGCAGGUGAAGGCCUAUGCCGGACACAUGAGAGACCUUGUACGAGCCAUACAGAUGUCCGGCCUCCAAAUCUCACUACCAGUACCUGAUCUUCCUACACCUUCGACUUCUGAGCCACUUUGCCCUACCGAUACCUAG